UGUUUAUUAGAAGACACUUUCUAAAUUGAUUUUUCUUUUGAAUCUAAUCUUCCGAAGAUUUUAACAUCCUCUAUAAAGUAAAUUUUAAUUGGACUUUUUGCUUCUUUUUGUGUUAAAUCUUUUAUCAUUUUUUUUCUUUGAAGAUAGUCAUGAAUAGACACAAUUUUUGUAACUGUUUUACAUCUUAAACAGGUGGAUUUCUGUUUGUGACAAUCGCGUCAUCAGAAACAUGUCACUUUGACAUUUAUUUGUAUUCCUAUUUAUGGCCUUGUUUCAACAGGAUGAUUCCGAUGACGAUGAUUUUAAAGCACAGCUGUUUCGUUAUACCGUUUUCAGUGUCAACCACGCAUGCGCUAGAAUGGGUAAAUGUUUAGCGUUUCAGGUGAAGUAAGACUAUCCAACUGGGUCAGCGCACAAUUAUUGUUCCUCGCCCUCGAUGCUACUCAACACUAUAUUGACAUAUCGGACUUUCAUGUUCCUUAUGAAAAAGAUGUUGAAAGAGUUAGGGUGUUCUACCUCCCAAUAUGGUACCAACUUGUUUCGCCGUGGUGGUGCUACCUUUGCUUUGGAGGAAGUUCCCACUGGAUGUCAUAUCCUUAUGAAGGAUUAAAAAUUUGAUUGCGUCCUGGUUUAAAAAAAUGUAAAAGUCUGAGAUUGAGGGAAGACGUAUUUCUUAUAAUUUCGUCGUCCUGCAUUUGGUUUUUUUGAUAAAACUGGACAUCAGAUCAUCGUUUUUUAUGGACAAUGUAGCUAGUUAACUAGCCAUGUUGAAGAAGCAUCCAGACAGAAUGUGGCUAAAUCUUGUUAUUUUAACUGUUAAACUUGACAUUGUUUUGUUUCUAUUCUAUGAAAAUGUUUUUAUCGAUAAAUGUAUUGUAGAAGUGAGAUAUAUAAUCAUUUCCAAUGCUUCUUAAAACUUGUUUUUCGUGCUUGUUUACAUUUUAAGCUACCAUUUUUUUUUUGACGACGGGCAAUAAUGGUCCAUAUCGGCCCAUCGUUAAGAACGCUAAGCCUUGGCUUUGUUGUUGCUUAUAUUAUAUAUGUGUUUUACUUUCAUUUCAUGCUUUGUACAUAAUUUCAGCUAUUACUAUAUAUAUGUUUUGUAAUUUUGUCCUAUCUAUAGGAUGACAUCUAUGUCCUAUCCUGUAAUUAUGUUUUUUUAUUUGUGAUAUUAAUAAAAUAGCUAGAGUUGAGUAGGGGAAGUGUGGACAAAAAAACGCAUAACAAAUGGAGAAAAAAACGCAUACCGUAAUUACCAAGAUGCCAAUCUUGGUAAUUACGGUAACUACAAAUUAAUUUUUGUGGUAUUAAAUGCGCUAUAUAAAGAAGCAGGAGUGAAACGCAUGGAUCAUACUUUAUUACACCAUGAAACGUAAUGUGGAGAUGAUUAGUUAUGUUGUUCAUUCUUUAUGGAAUUUUUGCAUGUUUAUGCGAUGCAGAAAGGAGAUACAACAAGAAUCGUCAACAUCUGUAUACAGUGAAUUGUUGCUCACGAGAAAAACAGUAACAGUUAUGAACUUGCAAGGUGUGAAUGAAGAUGGCACUCGUGUAAUUCUAAUGAAAGACAAUACAAAGAUUUGCGUGGUUUUGAACUAAAGUUUUGUUUUAAACUAAUGUACAUACACUUGUUGAGACAUUACAAUAAUUAUCAUUUUACAAGUCAAGUUAGAAGAAUAGAACGUAACGGUAAAAAGGAAAGUGCCGGAAUAUUUUUGCAGACGAUGCUUUUUAUUCUUUUCAGACUAGAGGGUGAAGAAAAUGGCAAUGGAGGGAAGACUUUCUACAAUCAGAUAAUCUUUGUUACCAAAACAACACUAAUUAUUAUUUCGCUUUAUAACUUUUUAUCAUGGUAAAAAGAUCAAUGUAAUCUAAUAAAUAUCUUUAACUCCUUUUCAUUUAUAGCAAACAUUUUCAACAUUGUUGCACCUUCCUGGAAAUGUUGCCGGUGCGGGUAGAAGUGUAGGAUAAAUAUUUCAAAAUUUUUUUGCAGUUGUAAAUGCUAUCAUAAAUUGAAUAUAUUUAACAUUUCGAUAUUUUUGUAAUUAUUUUAUAUAAAAUCGUGCAGACUUCGUCAGUUCCUGCAUAAAAAAGACGAAUAAAAAUAUAUCGCAGAAACAUUUGAGAUUUCGUGUGUCUGUAGCACAAACACAGACUACAUAUACCUAUGGAGUUUACGGCCCCUGUAUCCUCAUGAAAACAAAGGGUUGGUAAGCUUACUACGUUGCCACUCACUUUUUGCCAACUAAGCUUUGUUAAGUUUAUAAAAUAUAAAAUUAUUUUUAGGCAAACGUGCAAACGAAUUUUACAAAUUUGAUUUCUUGAUAUCACCAUUUUAACUUGCAAUAUAACUGAAGAUAUAACCGACAUUUGUAUCCCCUUUUUUAAAGCAUUUUGUGUCUUAAUAAUGCUCCGAAAAGUGAUCUUUGAAAAUUAACACUCAUUAAUCGUUAUAUAAAAAAUAAAAUAAACAAAAUAUGAAAAAGAGCUACGGCAAUUUUGAAAGCUUGUGGCGUUGGGAUGUCUGUUUUUCUUUACUUUUUUUCUCUUGUAUAUAUAUUUAUUUAUUUUUUGUAUAGUACUUAGAAAGGCAGUAGAAAAUAUUAAGUCGUUUCAAACAAGGAGCUUGAAACCUGUUGGUACUAAAUAGUAGUCACUGAGCCAAAUAUUAGCCACUUUUCCCCUAUUUUUUUACCGAUAAGGUAAAAUUACUUUAACGAAGAAAUUUUCCCGAGUCUUGGUCCGCAUUGAGAAAGUUAGUUUGACAAGAAAGUUUUAAAAUGUCUAAAUCGCGAAAGUUAAUUCACGGGAAUUUUUAUUUAUUUUAGAAUUUCUUUCAUGAGACAAAACAAACAAUUUUCUUUUUCCAUUGUCACUGUUUAAGGUUUCGUGUAAUAAUUGUUAACCAAAUUUUUGUGUUAUUUUAUCGCCGAUGGCAUUUUAUGGUAACUUUACAUGCUAAUUCAAGACCUUGUUAAACAUUAAAUAAUCAACGCCUGCGCCUUUCGCGAAAAUUAUUACUCUUAAAACAGCAUAAUAAUCAUUCGCAUUUUUUUCCCUUGAUUUCGCGAUUUUUUGACUCGCGAAAGUUUCUUCUUUUGUAGUAAUCUGUGCUUCUUCGAACUUUAAUUAUUUUUUUACAAGACAUAUCGUACAGAUAAACAAAAAAUGUUGAAUAAAAGUUAAACAACGUAUGCGGAGCAAAAGCAACUUUUAGGUUUACAGAUGUGAAAGUGCGUUUGAUUUGAUUAAAGGAGAAGUAUGUAAAGAAGAUUCAAAGAUCGCUUUCUUUUUGAAGCUGAGUUACAUGAAUGAUUAAUGAAGGAGCAUGAGCUUGAUAGAAUCAUUGAAGUGCAGACUGAACUGGUCAAGACUGGUGACAACUACAAAACAAACUAGUUUAGAAGAUGCGUUGUGAAAAGGCAGGGCUUAGAAAAAGCAUAGCAGAACAAAGUAUCCUUGAAAAGCUAAUAACGAACUCACGACAAAACUUAAACGAACUGAAGAAAGAGAAAUGCAAAGGAAACAAGAUUUUAUACCAAACUAAACAUGCAGCUGAUGUUGAUAGAUGUGGAAGUGUUAUCCAAACUUUAGAAAUAAAUUGCCAAGAGUGGAAAAAGAAGGUUGGAGAGAGUGAUCGUUUGGAAGACGGUACCUUUACAACCCAAGUUAGAUAUCUUGAAGCAGAUGACGAGAGAAGUAAGAACGAGUUUGAAAUCCAAGAACUGAAAUUUUUGAAUGAAGAAAGGAUUGGUGUUAUGAUGCGAAUGAAAGAAGAGAAGAUCAGAAGGCUAACCACUUAUGUUGAAAAUUUUAGAAUGCAAAGAAUUGCAAGAGAAGUUAGAAGACAAAACACAAAUGGUGAGAAUUUUAUACAAACAAAAGACGUAGACGCUCAAGUGGGAAACAGGUGGAAGUCGAAAUAUGAUGACUUGGUUAAGGAGCGAAAUAACAUGCAUAAAGAUUUGAUUUAAAAAGAAAAGUAAAUGUAUUGAAAAGAAAGUUAAAGAUCAAUAUAUAAAGGGCUGUGGAGCGCAAAAUAUUUACAUCACACUCCAUGACAACUAUGAGAGAACUUUUAUCCGCUCUAAAAGACAGUUUAAAUAAGAUCUUAUAAAAGUUCCUAGAGUAAAACACAAUUUUGACUUGAGAUCUUCAUUUUUGGUUUUUGCUACAUGCGUGCUGGCGCGACCCAUGCCACUAUUAAAAUGCUGAAAAAAAGAGAACCUCCCAAAUGCGAUUCCAGUGCUACCGCAGUGGUUGGGAAAAUGAAGCCUAUCUGGUAAAAGCCAUUCCAACAACAACAUGUAAACCGGUCCUAAAUCCUGUCUGUUAACCGUCGCGCGACUAAGUACAUGCAGCAAGAUGGAGGUGAUCCCUGAUUUACUUUAAAGCACAUCACAAAAAUUCACCAUCCGAAAUUAAUUCCAGCACUUAAGGUAGGUUUCCAUACAACUGCAUUUUCCU